AUGGCCGCCGUCGCGCCGCCCCCGGCUCCCGCGCCCGCCGCGCCGGCACCGGCACCGGCUGCUGCUCCUCCUGCUCCGGCUCCGGCUGCUGCCACCGUCCCUGUUGCGGGUCAUACCACGGAGCUGCUGCAGAAGUUGUCGCUGGAUUCGCAGCCAAAGGCGGCGGCGACGGAUGCAACAGAGCCUGCUGCUGCCAAGAAGCAGGGUGCUGUGACGAGCCAGCCGCUGAGCGUGGGGAUCCCGCCGGAGCGGUCCAUCACGCCGGUGCUUCAAGACUUUAUGGAUCCCAACCUGUUCUAUCUGCCAGCGUAUUACUAUGGAGGCUACGAAAGUUCCAUGAGCGAGUGGGAUGAUUAUCCGAGAUAUCUAAAUUCAGAUGGAGUGGAGAUUGCCCCAGCAGUAUAUGGAGAUAUUUAUGGAUAUGGGUAUGCUCCUUAUGGGGCAUACUCUCCUGCUACUUCCCCAGUUCCAACGGUUGAUGGUCAAAUGUUUGGUGCGCAGCAUUACCAGUAUCCAACUGCGUAUUUUCAGCCUCCUACACCAGUUCCUUCUACCACUCAAAGUGACCUACAGUCUUCUAACAAUCCUGAAAAUCCAGCAGCUAAAGCUGACCCUGCCAAGACAACCGCUAACGGUGUUCCAAAUGGUACAGCUCACAGUAACAGUGUAACUGUACCCCUUGCGUCAAGCCAACAAAAUUCAUCACUGACGCCUGACGGAACUUAUAGGGCACCCUUGCUAGGUGGAGUUCCUUCUGCUGGUUACCUGGACACGACAUAUGGGUAUGACAGCACAGGGGCACACUUUGCAUGGUAUGAUGGCUCUGCUUAUGCAAAUGGACAGCAAAGAACAACUACAACUAAUCAUUAUCCAUCCUCAACAUUCAGUGGUAAUGGUUCCUCAGCAAGAAAUCAGAACAAGAGCUCAACCACGCAGCAGAUGGGUAUGCAGAACAGAAGACCUACAACUACAUCAGCAGCUCCUACUUAUCCCAAUAGGAUGUACCCUAGCUCCCGACCGUAUACCCAGUAUGGGAAUUCAAUAAAAACUGGCCUUCCCUAUGGGAGUAACGGUUACGAUUCCAGGAUAUAUGGUCGAUGGGGUCUUGGUAUGGAUAACAGGUACAGGCCUAGGGUCCGUAAUGGAUACUAUGGUUAUGGCAAUGAGAGUCAGGAUGGAACAAUCGAGUUAAACAGAGGUCCUAGAUCUGGCCGUUUCAAGAACCAGAAAUUGUACGGUCAUACUGUCACUAUUGCUGUGAAAGGGCAGAGUCUUCCUUCUGGUGAAAGCAAGAAUGAUAGUGCCGUGCCUGAUAGAGCACAGUUCAAUAGAGAUGACUUCCCUGUUCAGUACGAUGCUGCAAAGUUCUUUGUCAUUAAAUCGUAUAGCGAGGAUGACAUCCACAAGAGUGUAAAAUACAAUGUGUGGGCAAGCACAACCAAUGGAAACAAGAAGCUUGAUGCUGCUUAUCAAGAAGCUCAGUCAAAGGGCUCUCCAUGCCCUAUAUUCUUGUUUUUCUCAGUGAAUACAAGUGGUCAGUUUGUUGGUGUUGCUGAAAUGACUGGUGCUGUUGAUUUUGAGAAGAGACUGGAGUAUUGGCAACAGGACAAGUGGAAUGGUUCCUUCUCUGUUAAGUGGCACAUUGUCAAGGACGUGCCUAACAAUAUUCUCAAGCACAUCAUCCUAGAGAACAAUGAGAACAAGCCUGUCACGAAUAGCCGUGACACUCAGGAGAUACACCUUGAACAAGGCCUUCAGAUGCUCAAGAUCUUCAAGGAUCAUGUCAGCAAGACGUCCAUCCUGGAUGACUUUGCCUUCUAUGAGAGCCGCCAGAAGUUGAUGCAGGACAAGAGGUCGAAACAGCAGCAGGUCCAAAAGCAGGUCUGGGACAGUAGGACCCCCAUUUCUGUCACCGGUGAGCAACAGCAGGAAGCUGCUAACGGGAAGCCCAAUCCGUCUGAUGUACCAGACGGUGUCACUGUAGAGGUGAAGGCGGUGAAGGCUCCUGCAGAGAAACCUGUCCUCAGCAACUUAGUCGCCAAUGGAGUCACCACCACUCCUGCUGUUUCCUAUGCGGCAAAGGUGGCCCAAACAGCAACAGAGAAACCCGUCCUCGCCAACGGAGUCGCCAAGACCGGUUAG